AUGGUUGUAAGAGAAGGUUUUGAAAAGGCUAGAACAUCCAAAUUAUUGUUACUUGGUACCUUACUAUAUGGUGUGAUCAGCCUUUGUGAAGCUGCAUCAAGGGAAAAGAAGAAGGUGAUUGGUUAUUUUCCAAAUUGGCUUUAUAAUAGUUACCCUUCUUCAAAUAUUCCGUUUGAAAAAUAUUCUCAUAUCAAUUAUGCAUUCGCACUUCAAAACCAUGAUGAUGGUGUUCCUUUCUUCCAGGACGAUUGGGCAAUAGACAACUAUCUUCCAGAAUUAAUACGAUCAGCUCAUACUGCAAAUACUAAAGUCCUUUUAUCUAUUGGAGGUUGGACAGGUUCAGAAAAAUUUAGUCCUAUGGUUGCUUCACCAGUUCUACGAAAACGUUUUAUUGAUUGGAAUCUAGACUUUAUUGAACAAUAUAAUACUGAUGGCGUGGAUAUUGAUUGGGAAUAUCCUGGAAAACAAGCUGCUGGAUGUAAUGUCAUCAAUGAAAAGGAUACUGACAAUUUAUUACUUUUAUUAAAAGAACUUCGUACUGCUUUGGAUAAACGAUUCCCUGAUGAUUACAAAGAAAUUUCUAUGGCUGUUUAUGUUUUACCCUUUAUGCGAAAUGGUGCGCCUGCAACUGAUGUUAGUGAUUUUGUCCCUUACUUUGAUCAUAUCAAUUUGAUGACUUAUGAUAUUAAUGGUGCUUGGGCUCCUGUGACCGGUCCAAAUGCUCCUUUCGAAUCUGAAAGUAACAAAGGCGCUGAUUUCUCUUUUGUCAAAAGUAUUCAAGCUUGGAAAUCCGCCGGUGUGCCGAGUGAAAAGAUUAAUGCAGGAUUGGCAUUCUAUGGAAGAAGUAUGCAAGCUACAAAGGAUAUGACAACGACAGGAUCUCAAUAUCAAGAAGCCUUGGUGGGUGCUCCAAAAGGGGAUUCGGAUGAUGCUUAUUGGGCUAAUCCAUUUUGUUCUGCCGAUAUUGAUGGUGUAUCUGGUAUUUGGAAAUGGUCCAACUUACGAUCUGAAGGUUUAAUCAAGAAAGAUACUACUCAAGUUGGUCAAGGCUGGGUUCGUCAUUGGGAUGAUCAUUCAAAAACCCCCUGGUUAUUCAAUCCUACUUCUAAACUUUUUAUCUCCUAUGAUGAUCCUGCUUCUCUCAAAAUUAAAGUCAAUCAUGCUGCAUGUGAAGACCUUGGAGGUGUUAUGGUUUGGGAUGUUCAUCAAGAUAAUGGUGAAUUGAUUGAUGUAGUUUCUUCAGUGAAUGAUGUUCCUUCUUCGUGUUAUCAUCAAUUAUCUGUUGGUGAUGAUGGUGUUCCUCCUACAAGCACAUCUCGUACCGGUAACAAAGCUAGUCCUGCUACAAAUGUUUCAGUACUAGCAACUGCAUCAACUUCAAGACCUUCAUCAUUCAUUGCAACACCACCAGCAGUUAUGUCUUCACCAUCGUCAAGUCAUCUAGCAAAAGAUUCAAAGGUAGCUUCAUCUGGACCUUCCAGUAAAAGUAUAGCUCAGCAUUCUUCAACACCCAAACCAAGUAUUCAGGCACAACAUGGAUCUUCUUGCUCAACACCUGGAAUAGCACAAUGUAUUCAACAAGGUUCAAAGGAAUGGUUAACUUGUGAUAUUACAAGAAAAUGGGUUAGUCGUGUAUGCGGUGAAGGUCUUGUUUGUUAUAAUGCAUCUCCUGGUCUCUAUUGCGGUCAUCCUGAAGCUAACAAAUUGGAUUCUCGACUGGAUAAUAAAUUCUUAAGAAAACCUGUUUUGGCUGUUGAACCUAUUAGUGGCAAAGAUCGUUAGUUUCAUCCGUAGUAUUUGGAACUUUUUUUUUUUUUUUUUUUACGAUUAGUUUUAUUUCCUU